CCGGAGCCAUCCGAGGAGGCCUUUGCUCUCCCCUCCCCUCCCUCACCACUUUCGUUUUCCCUCCUGUUUUCUUCUUUCUGCGGAAGCGAUGGCCUCACCAUCGGCCAGCACGGGGAGCUUGGACCCUCGAGCGAGCUCCUUGUCAUCCCUCCUCGCCUCCGCACUGGAGGACGACCCUCUCCGUGGGUCCGGCGUUCCCAAGUUCAAGUCCAUCUCCCCGCCCUCCCUGCCGCUUAGCGCCCUCCCCUUGAGCCCCUCUGCUAUCCCCACCAUGCCGCCUGGUCUCAGCCCUGCCGAUUUCUUGGACUCCAAGGUAUCUCCUCCUCUCUCUCUCCCCCCCCGCAGCAAGUCCUCCGACAGUUACCAGCAGAUCCCUAAAGGGGAAGACGCAAAUGGCUCUACCUUCACUUUGCAGACCAACGCCAAGCAGCAGUCUCAGGCUCAGUCCAUGCGAGAGCAGACUGACGAUGGCUACAACUGGAGGAAAUACGGCCAGAAGCAGGCGAAGGGGAGCAAAAACCCCAGCAGCUAUUACAAGUGCACUCAUCCUCACUGCCCUACCAAGAAGAAGGUUGAGAGAUCUCUGGAUGGCCAGAUUACCGAGAUGGUCUACAAGGGAUGCCAUAACCACCCUAAGCCUCAGGCCACCCGGAGAUCCUCGGCGUCCUCCGCCUCCUCCGUGCCCUCCCUGCUGCUUAGCGCCCUCCCCUUGAGCCCCUCUGCUUUCCCCACCAUGCCGCCUGGUCUCAGCCCUGCCGAUUUCUUGGACUCCAAGGUAUCUCCUCCUCUCUCUCUCUCCCCCCGCAGCAAGUCCCCCGACAGUUACCAGCAGAUCCCUAAAAGGGAAGACGCAAAUUACUCUACCUUCACUUUCCAGACCAACGCCAAGCAGCAGUCUCAGGCUCAGUCCAUGCGAGAGCAGAGGAAAUCUGACGAUGGCUACAAUUGGAGGAAAUACGGCCAGAAGCAGGUGAAGGGGAGCGAAAACCCCUGGCACUAUUACAAGUGCACUCAUCCUGAAUGCCCUACCAAGAAGAAGGUUGAGAGAUCUCUGGAUGGCCAGAUUACCGAGAUUGUCUACAAGGGAACCCAUAACCACGCUAAGCCUCUGGCCAUCCGGAGAUCCUUGGCGUCCUCCGCCUCCUCCGUGCCAUCUCUUGCAGUCCCGGUCUACAAUCCCGCCGCCCCAAAAUCAAUGACCCUGCUUUUUCUGCGCAUGGCUCCUCGCAAGUAG